AUGGAUCCAGAGGCCCCCGAAAAUCAGGCUGCCUUUGUAAUGUCCUUCGUUAACCAGGCAGCCCCUGAUAUUAAAAAGAAACUCCAGAAGUUAGAAGAUCUGGAGGGCAAACAGAUACAGGAUCUACUCCGUAUCGCCCAGCGCGUCUUUAAUAACCGAGACGCCCCAGAGGAUAAACAACUUAAAGCCACUGAGAAAAUGACUAAGGGGGGAUGGGGUUCGGACCCCCUCCCCGAACCCAGGGUAACCCUACAAGUGGAGGGGAAACCAGUCCAAUUCCUGGUGGAUACGGGGGCACAGCAUUCGGUCUUGGUUAAGCCCCACGGGAAAGUUUCUAACAAAUCCUCCUGGGUCCAGGGAGCUACGGGAGUCAAACAUUACCCCUGGACCACUCAGAGAACUGUGGACUUGGGCACGGGAAGAGUAACCCAUUCCUUUCUGGUCAUUCCCGAUAGCCCUUGCCCCUUACUGGGGAGAGACUUGCUCACUAAAAUGGGAGCACAAAUUCAUUUUCGGCCAGAGGGGCCAAUCGUAACAGACCCUCACGACCAACCCAUAUCUGUGCUCACCCUGAACUUAGAAGAUGAGUACCGACUUCACCAGGAACCACCCUCCCAAAAUCAAGAUAUAGAGUCAUGGCUUCAGCAGUUCCCUGAAGCAUGGGCAGAAACAGGUGGGAUGGGACUAGCCAAACAUCGCCCAGCCCUAUUCAUAGAGAUCAAACCAGGAGCAGAUCCUGCACGUGUCCGACAGUAUCCCAUGCCCCUAGAGGCCAAGACUGGUAUCACUCCUCAUAUUCGCCGGCUUCUUGACCUGGGGAUACUGCGUCCCUGCCAGUCGGCCUGGAAUACACCCCUGCUGCCAGUCCGCAAACCUAACAGUAAAGACUACCGCCCAGUGCAGGACCUGAGAGAAGUUAACAGACGGGUCAUAGACAUCCAUCCUACUGUGCCCAAUCCAUAUACUCUUUUGAGCGCCCUUAGUCCAGGAAAACAAUGGUAUACUGUGCUGUACCUCAAAGAUGCCUUUUUUAGUUUACCCUUGGCGCCCAAAAGUCAAGAACUCUUUGCCUUCGAAUGGUCGGAUCCCGAGAGAGGCAUAAACGGACAACUCACCUGGACCAGACUUCCCCAAGGAUUCAAAAAUUCGCCCACCUUGUUUGAUGAGGCCCUACACGAGGAUCUCAGUGAGUACCGGAGACAAAACCCCAAUGUAACCCUCCUGCAGUAUGUUGAUGAUCUCUUAAUAGCUGCUGAGACCGCUGAAGCCUGCCUGCAGGGAACCAGAAACCUCCUACAGACUCUCGGCACCCUGGGAUACUGGGCCUCUGCCAAGAAAGCGCAGAUCUGCAGGCCUGAGGUAACUUACCUGGGGUACCUAUUGAAAGGGGGGCAACGAUGGCUCACAGAUGCACGGAAGGAAACCGUCCUCCGCAUCCCCAGACCCACCACGCCUCGACAGGUGAGGGAAUUUUUGGGGUCAGCGGGGUUCUGCCAUUUAUGGAUACCCAAAUUUGCUGAAAUGGCCAAACCGCUAUACUUAGCCACCAAAGAGCAGACGCCCUUUAAAUGGACAGAGGAGGCUGAGCAGUCAUUUCAGCAGAUCAAAACUGCCUUGCUGUCUGCACCCGCCCUGGGUCUCCCUGAUGUCUCCAAACCCUUCCACCUCUUUGUGGAUGAAAGCAAAGGCAUAGCUAAGGCCGUGUUGGCCCAGCCCCUCAGUCCUUGGCCCAGGCCUGUCGCUUACCUAAAGAAAUUGGACCCAGUGGCUGCCGGCUGGCCUCCUUGCCUCCGGAUGAUCGCCGCCACGGCCCUAAUGGUAAAGGAUGCUGACAAACUAACUAUGGGGCAGGAGUUACAUGUCACCACCCCCCACGCCAUCGACAGGGUUCUCAAACAGCCUCCCGACCGAUGGAUGAGCAAUGCUCGACUGGUCCACUACCAGGGUCUACUGUUAAAUCCCCUCAGAAUCAGCUACACUCUGCCGCGGGCAUUAAACCCUGCCUCCCUAUUACCUGACCCAGAUUUGGACUCCCCACUCCAUGACUGUGCAGAGGUACUGGCCCAGAUCCAUGGGGUUCGGGAAGACCUACGUGACCAGCCCCUACCGGAUGCAAAAGUCACAUGGUUCACUGACGGCAGCAGCUUUGUCCAGCAAGGUCAGAGGUAUGCAGGGGCAGCGGUAACAUCAGAAACUGAGGUGAUAUGGGCAGAGACUCUCCCCCCGGGGACCUCAGCCCAAAAAGCUGAAUUAAUUGCCCUGACCCAAGCUCUCAAGAUGAGCAAAGGCCAAAAAGCCACCAUAUAUACAGACAGCCGGUAUGCUUUUGCUACCGCACAUAUACGUGGGGCAAUAUACCGAGAGCGGGGACUACUCACAGCAGAGGACAAAGACAUCAAGAACAAAGAGGAAAUCCUGGCCUUGCUAGCGGCCAUAUGGGAACCCAAAAAGCUAGCCAUUGUACACUGCCCGGGGCAUCAAAAACCCACGAAUCCAGUCGCCCGAGGCAACAAUUUGGCAGACCAGACGGCUCGAAAGGCGGCACACACUCCAAUACCAUUACUUCCCCUGCAACUGCCGGAUCCAGGGCCCCGGGAACUACCGCCCCAACCUGACUACUCGGAGGAUGACAUCAGAUGGAUGAGCAAGCUCCCUCUAACCCAGGUUAGAGACGGAUGGUGGCAGGACGCUAAGAACAAUAUCCUCCUUCCUGAGAGACUAAGAACCCUGGUCCUUGAACGGAUCCACCAUAGCACCCACUUGGGCACCCGACGGCUACAGGAUCUUAUCAGGCAGACUGGACUUAAAAUUAAAAAUGUCUCCGAGAAGACUGAACGACUGGUUGCUGACUGUGCAGUCUGCCAACUCCAUAAUGCCAGCACCCACCCGUCAACCACUGGCAUCCGGGAAAGAGGAAACCAGCCCGGAGCCUACUGGGAAGUGGACUUCACGGAGGUAAAGCCUGGCAAAUAUGGAUAUAAAUAUUUACUGGUGUUUAUAGAUACCUUUUCAGGUUGGACUGAGGCAUUCCCAACCAAGAAAGAGACUGCACAAAUAGUAGCUAAGAAACUACUAGAAGAGAUCCUGCCCAGGUAUGGCUUUCCAGUUAUGAUAGGGUCCGACAACGGGCCAGCCUUCGUUUCUAAGGUAAGUCAAGAUCUGGCUUCCAUACUUGGGGCUAAUUGGAAAUUACAUUGUGCAUACCGCCCCCAGAGUUCAGGACAGGUAGAAAGAAUGAAUAGAACUCUAAAAGAGACCUUGACUAAAUUGACCAUGGAGACUGGCGCUAACUGGGUAGUCCUACUCCCCUACGCUCUGUUUAGGGUGCGAAAUUCCCCCUAUAAGCUAGGAUUUACUCCCUACGAAAUAAUGCAUGGUAGGCCUCCUCCUAUCAUCCCUAACCUAAAGACUAACCUUAUCCAAUUGGACACAGAAAAUAAUCUCCUGUCUUCCCUCCAAGCCUUACAGCGGACACACGAGACAAUCUGGCCCAAACUAAAAGAGCUAUAUGCAACAGGACCCCCGCCCACUCCACACCAGCUCCGGCCAGGUGACUGGGUCCUUGUCAAACGCCAUCGACAAGAGACCCUAGAACCCAGGUGGAAAGGACCUUACCAGAUCAUCCUGACAACGCCGACGGCCAUCAAGGUGGACAGCAUAGCUGCCUGGAUCCAUUACACCCACGUCAAGCCGGUGGACCCAUUUUCUGACCUCAUCAAGUCCACUAAAGCUGACGUCACCUGGACGGUUGACCGGAAUAAGGACAAUCCCUUCAAACUGACCUUGCGCCGUACCCUCCCCCAUGAUGACCAAGGUACUGCUGAUAGCCCUAAUGAUAGUCCUAACCCUCAACCCUCGGGCCACGAGGGGAGGACUCGGCCCUUCCCCCGAUAAGAAUACUUUAAUACAACAACUAUAUGGUGCACCGUGCGAGUGCAGGGGAGGUACUAUAGAGACUCCUGUUGUUCCUCGAGGGUAUACUCAUAUGCAGGACUGCGGAGGCAUAACUGCAUAUCUUGUUCAGGAAUAUAAGGGCACCGGGGUCUCUCAAAGCUGGCAAUGCUAUCAUAAGCCUAAGCCACUCCCCCCUCGAGCCACUUGCCCCUGUUCUACCUUCCAGGAAUCAAUGCAUAGCAUGUGCUAUUCCUCUUACCAGCAAUGUAUAGGGGCCAAUAACAAGACUUAUUUCACAGCCAUACUACAGAAUAAUAAAAGCCCCACCAUUAGUGAGGGUAAUAAAUACCUUCAGGCUGGAUGCACUGGCACCCCCGGGACCCCGGUAUGCUGGAAUACCAGGGCCCCCACACAUAUGUCAGACGGUGGGGGGCCCCAGGACGCAGUGCGCCAGAUAGAAACCCGAAGACAAAUAGAAGAGGUCUAUCGGCAUCUGUACCCACAGCUCAACUACCACCCCUAAUUCUCCCUAAGGUCAAUCCCUCUGAAUUGGACCCCCAGACCAUGUCCAUACUAGAAGCUACUUUUACACUUUUGAAUACCACCAACCCCAACUUAGCACAGGAUUGCUGGCUCUGCCUUCCUCAAGGACCGCCCCGCCCAAUAGUCAUCCCCACCUUCGCCAAUUUAAACAUCAACGAACGAUGUAACCCUACUUUACUCCCCGAGCCGUUCCCCAUACAAUUUUCAAAAUUUUCAACCACCUUUAAUACCUCAUGCUUUGUCAAGAACGAUUCCCUCUCUAACGCCAGUAUUGACUUGGGAAUCCUUUCAUCCACUGGAUGUAGUCAGUAUAGCCCCGUGAACUCCUCCCUCUGUAGUCCUAACACCACUGUUUUUGUCUGUGGAAAUAACCUAGCAUACACCUAUUUACCCCCGAAUUGGACAGGGGUCUGCAACCUAGCCACCCUCCUCCCCAAUGUAGACCUAAUCUCGGGAGACACCCCAUUGCCCAUUCCCAGCUUUGACCUUUGGGCAGGGAGAACCAAACGAGCCAUUACAGUCAUACCCCUCCUGGUAGGAUUAGGAAUUACAGGAGCUGUGGCCACAGGAAGUACGGGUCUUGGGGUCUCCCUUCACUCCUAUAAUCAGCUGUCUAGGCAAUUAAUAGAAGAUGUAGAAGCCCUCUCUGGUACCAUUCAGGACUUACAGGACCAAUUAGAUUCAUUGGCCGAGGUAGUCCUACAGAAUAGGAGGGGCUUAGACUUGCUGACAGCUGAACAGGGUGGGAUAUGCCUCGCCCUAAAAGAAAAAUGUUGUUUCUAUGCAAAUAAA